CCUGGCAUCUCUGUUCAUACCACAGAAUAGCUCUUUGGAAACUGUUUUGGUUAUUUAGUUGUGUAUUCAUUAAUAUUGUUAUUCAUUGCACGAUUUCUAUGAUUCUAGUAAUUUAACAAUUAAUAUCUCAGGAUCAUGCCUCGUAAAUUUCCUGACAGAUGGUUAGAUUACACUAAGUUCGGUGAUAAAGUUGAAGGUACAUCGUUCAUUCCACUCAAAGUGCCACUGAAAAAGGAAUUUUUUGAAGAUAGAGCAAUAGACAGCUUCACUCCAGAUGACGCUGUACAAGAAAUACCUAAUUUAGGGCUUAUAAUAGACUUGACGUUUACGGCUAAAUACUACAAUCCAACGGACUUCGAAUGUCAAGAUAUCAUGCACAAAAAAAUUUACACGAAAGGACAUGAAAUUCCCGGCCGCUAUCAAAUCAAUCAGUUCAUACACAUAGUAGACGACUUUCUGGCCAAUGACAAAAACAAAGAUAAAAUUAUUGGAGUGCAUUGUACACAUGGUUUGAACCGAACCGGGUAUUUUAUAUGUGCUUAUAUGAUCUUGGCACUGGGUCAGUCUCCGAGAACAGCAAUACAUUUGUUCAACAAAGCUCGUUCACAUAAAAUGGAAAGGGCCAACUACUUAAACUCUCUACUUCACUUUGUACCAUUCAGUUGUAGCAAUGGCUAUAACAAAUAUGAAGAAUCUGUUCGUCAAGACUUCUACGACGAUAAGUCCUUCAGCGGUAGACGAGAAACGCAGAGAAAGAACCGUAGUGAUCGACCUAAUUACCGUUAUAGAAGCCGUUCGCCUAGGUAUUAUCAGCAGUCCGAACAGGAUAACAAUAGCCGUCGCUCAUACAGAAACUGGAAAAGUGUCGAGAGUCGAUAUUACGACCGUACCAAUAGAGAUGAGGUAUCCAGCAGAGCGAAUAACUGGAAGGUGGAUUGUUUUGAUUACCUUGAUUCUAGAAGUAACAAUUGUGAUUUACCUUCAACUUCUAAUUCAACGAGUUAUAGAAAUAAUGAACGUAGUUGAAUUGCUGUUCAGGAUACAAACGAGAAUAGAAAAUCAUAACUAAAAUCAAAAUUGUUUCUGGAUUACAAAACAAAAUUGAUCUGAUAUCAUUUUUUGAAUGAAAACUACAAUUUCAAAUUAAAAAUAAAUCAACUAAUUGUUACA